CAUGAACAUCCAAAAUCUACCAGUCCAGCCCAAUAAAGCGCUCUCGACGAGCCCAACCCCGCGCAUUUGACCAAUCUCGCGCUGAGCACCCCAAGCAUCGAUUAACCCGCUCAUCGUUCACAUCCCGACCGACGACCAGCAGCCAUGGCUGCCCCCGUCCUCCCCCUGCAGCAGGUGAAGCUGCCAUCGCUGCCUUCCACUCGCCUGACACCGGAGCAACAAUAUUGGAAGACCUUCAAGAAUCCCCUCCUCAUUCCUUCGCCAGCCAACGGGCCCAUCAACCUCAUCACACAGCCCUCCGCCCCUUCCUCCGCCUCCGCCUUUCCCUCUCUCACCCAGCCGCCCGAUGUCUUCACCGUGACCACGGGCGCCCGCGUCCAAAUCUACUCCAUCCGCACCCGUAAACUCCUCCGCACAAUCACUCGCUUCGACGACACGGCACGAGGCACCGACGUGCGCCCAGAUGGUCGUGUGGUCGCCGUGGGUGACGAUUCCGGCACGGUGCAGGUCUUCGACGUGGCAUCGCGGGCGAUUCUCAAGACGUGGAAGGAACACAAGCAGCCGGUCUGGGUGGCCAAAUUCUCGCCCAGCGACCCGACGGCGCUGUUCACGGCCAGCGAUGACCGCACCGUGCGCAUGUGGGAUCUGCCCAGCCAGAACAGCGCCCGCAGCUUCGUGGGCCAUACGGAUUACGUGCGCAGCGGCGCCUUUAUGCCCGGAUCGUUGGCCUCGUCGGGCCUUCUGGUCUCCGGUAGUUACGAUCGUACGGUGCGUCUCUGGGAUCCCCGCGUGGACACCCGCGCUGCCAUGACGUUCAAGAUGACCGCCCCGAUCGAAAGCGUGCUGCCCAUGCCGACGGGGACGACCGUGCUCGCCGCUGCCGAUAACAAGAUCGCCGUCCUCGACAUCGUGGCCGGCAAACCCCUGCACAUGAUUCAGAGUCACCAGAAGACGGUUACGUCGUUGGCGCUGGCCUCGAACGGAGAGCGGUUGCUCUCCGGUGCGUUGGACGGUCACAUGAAGGUCUUCGAGACGACGGGAUGGAACGUCGUGUCUGGGUCCAAGUACCCGUCCCCGAUUCUCUCGCUGAGUGUCAUCCAAUCCGGCGUUGCCCAGGAGGACAAGCACAUUGCCGUCGGUAUGGCGUCCGGUCUCUUGUCGAUCAAGACCCGGCUGUCGGGACAGCAGAAGAUCAAGGAGAAGGAGCGUCGGAAGGAGAUGCAGGCGCUCUUGGAGGGCAAACUGGAGGAGCACGACCGGAAAGUUGCCAAACAGAAGCGCGGCGCGGGCUGGGAGAAGCGUCUCCGUGGUCGGGACUUUAUUGGUGAGGGUGUGGAUGUUGUGAUCGAGGGACGCGAUACUGGCAAGCGCAAGAGGGAGCAGACUUGGGAGCACGAUCUGCGCAAGGGCCGCUAUUCGGCGGCUUUGGACCAUGUACUCAGCUCCAGCGACAAGACGGCCCAGCUCACACUUUUCACGGCGCUGCGCCAUCGCUCUGCCCUGCGUGCCGCCUUGCAGAACCGCGACGAAGUAACACUGCAGCCGGUGCUUGCAUGGGUACAGAAGAACCUCACUGAACCACGACUGGUAAACCUCUGCGUCGAGGUGGCCAUGAACGUUCUGGAUAUCUAUUCGGGCAACUUGGGCCAGUCCGCCCAGAUCGACAAGAUGGUGGAGAGGCUGCACCGAAAGGUGCGUGAGGAGGUUGAGAUGGCGCACCAAGCUUGUCAGACCAAAGGCAUGUUGGAGAUGUUACGGGCGUGCUGAAAUAGGACCACCACGAAAAGCGAAAAUCAUGAGUAGAGCUUGUUUCACCAUAUUGGAUACCUCGGAUGGAGUUUGGGGUUCUUAGGCAUAUCGCAUGUAUUGUAUAGCAAAUGAUCUACAUGUUCCAUCGUCUCCACCUAAGCCGCU